ACACACUUUCACAUACAAGAACAGCAACCAUGCCUUCAACACCACCACCAGUAGGAAUCUACGUGCCCGUCCCAACUUUCUUCGUCAAGGAAGGCGAAGCCAACCACGACGCCGUCUCACCGCCCAUCGACCUCAAGACUCAAUCCGAACACUCCCUCUUCCUCGUCCGCGGCGGCAUCAAAGGCCUCGUCAUCCUCGGAAGCACCGGCGAAGCCAUCUUCGUCCGAAACCACGAGCGUCACGAAUUGAUCAAGAGCCAGAGAAAGACACUCGACGAUGCGGGUUUCAAGGACAGGCCGAUCAUUGCCGGCACGGCGUCCCAGACCGUUGAAGAGACAAUCGAGGUGAUCAAGGACAGCCAGGCUGCAGGUGCUGAGUAUGCAAUGGUCUUGGGACCGGCGUACUUUGCUCCGUCAACGAGCCAGGCGGGUCUGCAGAAGUGGUUCGAGGCCGUGGCAGACAAGUCACCUAUUCCAAUCCUCAUCUACCAUUACCCCGGCGUGACCAACAACCUCUACAUCGCACCCUCGACCUUCGAGAAGCUCGCCGCUCACUCCAACAUCGUCGGCUGCAAGCUCUCCCACGGCAUCAUCGACGACCAAACCCUCAUCGCCGUCUCUCCUCGCAUUGACCACGACCACUUCUACGUCUUCACGGGUCUCGGCCAGAACCUCCUCGCCGUGCUCGCGAUCGGUGGAGUCGCCGCCAUCGACGCCUUGUCAGGCUGCUUCCCUCGCGUAGUGGUAAGACUCUUCGAUCUAUUCACCAAGAGUUUGGAGAAGGGCAUCAGCAAGGAAGACCUUGUGCAGAUGCGGGAACUGCAGUACCGAAUCUGCGAGGGCGAGAAGAUCAUCGCGACAUGGGGUGUCGUGGGCACGAAAGAGGCGAUUGCGAGGUGCUGGGGCUUUGGAGACAAGAAGGGUGGACGAGUGCCGCUGGCCGGCGGCUUCCAGGAGGGUGACAAUGAAUGGAAGAAGUGGGAGAAGACGUUCACGGGUUUGAAGGAGUUGGAGCAGAAGUUCGAGGCUGAGGACAGCAAGUGA